AUGGAGGCUAGCAGCCAGUCCAACAGUCAACAGGUUCUGUAUAAUGAUGUUGAAGGGGCUAAAGAGAAGAGGACAAAGUACCGGCUCUACCAGCGCAUGGCUUUGAUUCUGACCUUUGUCUUCCUUCUUUUGGGCCUCUGCAUUUUCAGCUUGUCAUAUCUAUGGAGCCCCUCCCUGGGAAAAGUCUACGACCACGAGUACAAAGCCAUGCUGGAUGGUGUUGAGACACGCAGCCUGAUGGAGAUCGACCCGAUUCGGCAGAUUGAAAUCUUCCGUAUCGGAAAUGGGAGUAAAGAGGUUCUCGAGGUGCACGACUUCAAAAAUGGACUCACUGGGAUUCGCUUUGCCGAACAUCAGAAGUGCUACAUCAGGAGUCAAACCAGGACACUGCCCACAGCGGAAAAGGUGGAAGCUGAGGAAGGCAACUUAGAGGUGGAUGAAAUGGAUACAAAAAUGGAGGACUCCCAAGUGUGGAUUCCUGCCGAGGAACCCAUCGUCGACCCGGUGUUCCUCUUCCAGUCCAGGAUCUGGGAAUUCUGCCAAGAACUACCCAUCCAUUGGAUCCAUCCCUCCCGCUUGAGCGACUCGGAGCUGCAGGAGGAGGUAGAGCAUUUGGACUCCCCCGACACAGAGGUGAAAGGUCAUCGCUCUGCCCGUGACGUGGAGUACCACCCUCCAGUUAACGACUACAGAGGCGUGGGUCUGGAACUGGACAACCGCCUGGACGAGCGGGGUUACUGCUGCCAAUACUGUCACCGUGGCUACCGCUUCUGCCGCCGCUAUCACGUGCCCCUGGGCGGCUUCAACCCGUGGCCAUACUAUUAUCGAGGGGGCCACGUCAUCUGCCAGGUGGUGAUGCCGUGCAACUGGUGGAUCGCCCGCAUGCUGGGGAGGAUCUGA